GGUUCCCUUCCCUCCCCUGAGCCACCAGCCACUCACAGUGCCUGGGGCUAUUGCCACACAUGUAGAUAAAUAUGAUUCCUCGAUACCUGCCCCCAACCUCCCUGCUCUCCCGUUAGUGUCAGCGGUGGGAUCAGACCGGAGUCCCAGCUGCUAACCCAGGCCCAGGGCCCAGGCCGGCUGAGCGCUCUGUGCUGGACGGAGAUGGCCUGGGUGCUGGUCGCUGCCUUUUGCCUUCUGAGCGGUGCCUACGGCCAGGAGUGGAAAGUGACACUCGCACCAGGGCCCGUUGAAGGAUGGGCCGGCUCCUGCGUGACCAUCCCCUGCUCCUUCACCUACCCCGCAGGACAGACAGUCAGUGCCGUGAACUGGACACGGGAAGGGGGUCAAACCGUGUAUCACUCGGACGAGGCUCGUGUCCACGCUGCCUUCAAGGGGCGCGUCCGCUACCUGGGGGACCUGCAGCACAACUGCUCCCUGCAUCUGGAGGGGCUGCGCCCCAGCGAUUGGGGCACCUACCGCUUCCGGUUUGAGACAGUCGGCGGUGUCAAGAAUGACAGCUGGACGACUUACCCAGGACAGCGACUCCGUGUCUUUGCCCAUCCGUGCCGGCCCUCCCUGGGGCACCGACUGGAACCGGGACCCUCCCUCACUUGCUCUGUCGGGGCCGCCUGCCCCCAUCGCGCCUCCUGGUACGACCGAGAUGGCGCGUGGCCGAGCCCAGAGCAAACCCUGGACAGGGCUGUGACAAACGAGCUGCGAAUAUCCCCGUCCCAGCUGGACCUCGGUGCGGCGCUCAGAUGCCAGGUGGAUGGAUACAGGGAUGAGUGUGACUCUGCCCAAUCCCAGCGCCUGGGGACAGUCGUCCCCAACGUGCCCAGGGUCGAGGUUCCGUGGCCGGCAGGGAAGGCAGCGCUGAGGGAAGGCGACGGUUUUACCCUGCGCUGCCAGGCUGCUGCCCUGCAGCCCGUCUCCAGGUACGUCUGGUCCCGCGGGGAUGUGUGGCUGCCAGAAGCCGGGCAGGAUUUUCGUGUUGACAAGGCAGCCGUCUCUGACGGAGGGAGCUACGCAUGCGGGGUCUGGGUCUCCGGCCUCGGCUGGGGGUGUCUGAGCCUCUCUGCGAGGGAAUUGGUCGCAGUUCAACACGCCCCCACAGGUGUCCGUGUUACGGCAGCGCCGGGCACCAGCCUGCAGGAAGGGGAAUCGGUGACACUAACGUGCAAUUACACCAGCAGCCUCCCCGCCCCCAACUCCUACACCUGGUACCGGGGCGGCUGGCAGCUGGAGGGAUCCCAGCAGGAAAUGGUGUUGAAGAACAUCGCAGUGGAGCAGGCUGGGGAGUAUCGCUGCCAGGCCAACAAUGGGAUCAACCAGUCCCUGUCCCCGCCCAUCAACAUCACUGUGAGGUUCACCCACUCUGUGUGGGCACCCACUUACAUCAUAGGACCUACAGUUUCACUUGUCCUAUUGCUGCUGCUGGGGCUGGUCAUCGUCACAGCUUGGAGUAAGAUGCGGCGCAAACACCAGGGAAUGAGCAGCAAUGCACCAGCCGAUGGACAUGGGAAAAGUAGCACAGGAGGUGCUGAGACAGAGUCACCCUAUGAGGAACUCCAAGGACGGACCCAGGAUAUUUACAGCCAGUUGGACUCUCUCCGAGCUGGUUCCCACUGAGCUCCGCCGAAAUCCCGACCAGCCAGGGACCCCUCUGCACGACUGGGACCUUAAACACAAAGAGAAGCCAUCGCUCAAUGGGGCCAGAUCCCAGUGGAGGUCCACAAGCGCCGACUUUCCAUUAUGUUGGGGGUUGCUUGACCCCUGGCUCUGCCCCUCCUCAAGGCCACACCCCUGCCUCGCCCUUGCCCCACCUCUUCCCAACCCUGAGCCCGCUGCGUCCUCGCUCCUCUCCCCUUCCCCCAGCCUUCUGCACCAUGGAACAGCUGAUUGUGGCAGGCGGGAGGAGGAAGCACUGAUGGGGGGUUGCUGGUAGGUGCUCAGCACCCAUCAUUUUUCCCCAAUGGGUGCUCCAGCCCCAGACCACCCCUGGAUUUGGCACCUAUGCUGGGGUCAAUUGGCCAUAGCUCCAUUGGAAUGAAUGGGCCAGACCCCCAGCUGGGGUGACAUGGCCGUCACUCCACUGGGAAUAAAUAACUCCAAAAUACAGGGAUUAGGUAAUUUUGUUUUUUAUAAAGUUGAUAUAGAAAAAAGUGGAAAUACCUGUGACGUUCUGUACCUCGUGGGAACACCCUGCCCCCCCAUGUUCAUCCUUUUAAUAUGAUUGUGUGGUGUCUAAUGCAAAGUUUGUCAUGUCGAGUGUCUUGGGAAGGCUCAUGACGAACUGAGCAUUGUUGUUCUAGUGAUGUUAUAGUAACUGUUGUUACGGUAAUGUUAUAAUUUCAUGUAUAUAGUUAUGAGGCUGAGAAUGUGUUUUCAUGGCUUAAAAUAAGCCCCAGGGAAAAAGAAAAAAAGCAGAGGGGCAGUUCACACCUCAUCAGGGCAUGGACGGGACAAACCCAGUCCAGCGUCACAGGAGCAAAGGACACUGGCCUAGGCAGCAUCAAAAGGAUCUGUUGGACUCUGGCGUGAGUCACCCCCCUUCCUUGGGGCAGUUUGGGACGGCGAUGAGGUGAUGCUCACCUGACUCUGAAGGGGGGGGGCAAAGCCAAGACGGAAGAAAGGACAUGAUAAAAGGGGGAGAUGUUUGCCAGGCUCUUCCUCUCUCUUCCGCCUACAUCGACAGACACCAGCACCAAGCGACUGAAGCGCUGAUCAAAGGGGAGAGCCUGGCUGCAGAGCACCCAGCCAGCCUGUGGGGAGAAGCAUCUCAGUUUGUGAGGACAUUGAAAGUGUUAAGAGCAGCUUAGAGCAUGUUUUGCUUUAAUUUCAUUUGACCCCCAAAUCUAACUUGUUCUGCUUUGACUUAUA